CGGGACUUCUGGUCAACGUCGUUCGUCAACGCCGGAAGGGGAAGUUUCGCCUCCAAACGCACCCUCGCUUGUCCGAAUUCGGUGGCGCCACGUCCGCCCGUCUCCGCCUUCUGCACCGCGACUUGAGUGGCUUCCGCCUCGACACCUGCCACUUGCAGAACCGGCCACGUCGUGAGGGGCCCGGGACGGGGAGUCGGGCGGCAGUGUGCAUCCUGGCCACCUAAGAGUCGAAGAUGUCGGACAUCGGGGACUGGUUCAGGAGCAUCCCGAGCAUCACGCGCUAUUGGUUCGCAGCCGCCGUCGCGGUGCCCUUGGUGGGCAAACUCGGUCUCAUCAGCCCGGCCUACUUCUUCCUCUGGCCCGAAGCUUUCCUCUACCGCUUCCAGAUAUGGAGGCCAGUCACUGCCACCUUCUAUUUCCCUGUGGGUCCUGGAACUGGAUUCCUUUAUUUGGUCAAUUUGUAUUUCUUAUAUCAGUAUUCUACACGACUCGAAACAGGAGCUUUUGAUGGGAGGCCAGCAGACUAUUUAUUCAUGCUCCUCUUUAACUGGAUCUGCAUCGUGAUUACUGGCUUAGCAAUGGACAUGCAGCUGCUGAUGAUUCCUCUGAUCAUGUCAGUGCUUUAUGUCUGGGCCCAGCUGAACAGAGACAUGAUUGUGUCAUUUUGGUUUGGAACACGAUUUAAGGCCUGUUAUUUACCUUGGGUGAUCCUUGGAUUCAACUAUAUCAUCGGAGGCUCGGUAAUCAAUGAGCUAAUUGGAAAUCUGGUUGGACAUCUUUACUUCUUCCUGAUGUUCAGAUACCCAAUGGACUUGGGAGGAAGAAAUUUCCUAUCCACACCUCAGUUUUUGUACCGAUGGCUGCCCAGCAGGAGAGGAGGGAUGUCAGGAUUUGGCGUGCCCCCUGCUAGCAUGAGGCGAGCUGCUGAUCAGAAUGGCGGAGGCGGGAGACACAACUGGGGACAGGGCUUUCGACUUGGGGACCAGUGAAGGAGGGGCCUCUGGCCUGCCCACCAGCCGGUCUGCUCAGAUGAAUUUUUCUUCCAAUUGCUGGGUGUGUGUAACCACCGAGUUCUAGCAAACACUAUUGGACCUGACCCACACUGAAUGUAGUCUUUUAGUACAAGACAAAAUUUUUUAAAUCCUGAAGAAAAAUGUAAGUGUUCCUCAAAUUUCGUGAUUCUCGUUCAAGCCCUUACUGCUAUGAAGAACAAACGUCAACUGUGCAGAUUUCAGAACUGACUCGAUUUUUUGGUGUCUCUCUUCUCCCUUUUCUGUCUGAAUAAUGGGUUUUGGCAGGUCCUGGUCUGCUGGCACCAACCUGGGCAUCUGGAGUUGGGUCCCCAAAUCCUUGUCAAAGGGACUCUUACCUCUUUCUCGCACACAUGCCUCCCUCCCACUUUUUCCAGCUCCCCAGUUUGCAGCUAGAGGAGGUUGCCUGUAAAAUGGUUCUGCCUUUGACAAGCUGUCUUAUUUAUUGACUUCUGCCAAGGCUUGGUCACAGAGAACUUGGCCACACCCUUUUCUCCCCUUCGGUGGCAGAACUGAAACAAGGGGAGAAGGCCAGCAGCAGAUGAAGAGUUUUUUCUCAGCUUUUGCAAUUGCUAUGACCUGAUAUCAGUUGUUACCACUUGCCACCUCUUCAGAUGUUUUUAUAAAAAAAAAAAAAAAAUAAUAAAAAUAAAAAAGCCCUACUGAGUCAGCGAGGGCCGCAGAUUGGUACUGAUGAGGCAUGAGGGUUGUUGCUAGGCAUUCUUUUUUCCUAAUUUAAGUAAUCAGAACUAUGGUGGAGUUGCAUCUUACAUGGGCUAGGUUUAAACCGCGGUGGGCAGAGAAUCCCUUUGCAUCUCAUGUGUAGGGCAUACUGGCUUUGUGUGUACCCCGGGUAGUUGGAUUGUAUUGUGCUAGAAAUUUCCAAAUCACACUUGCCACAGGGAGAGGCUCUCUUUGAGAGGCACCUGGGCAUUGAUUCCAUUUCAUUCUCGUGGAUACAUGUUUAUUGGGUAGAAAGGAGGGGCGAACCAUUGCCCCUAUUUAAACUGUCAUUUUUUUUGGCUCCCACCGACCCCCGUGGCCGCGUGCCUCAGUUCAUUGUGAGGAAGGUGCAACUCCUAUGUGUGUAUGUAGAUCAUAUUUUAAGAACUAAUAUAGUACACUAAGUAAAUCACAUAAUUUGGGGUUGUAAUGGCUUUAGAAUCAUUUGUGUUUGAGGGUCUUGAUCAUUCUGAGUCACGAAUGUCCAUCAGACCAGCUGAAAUACCCGCCACUCGUUUCUCAUCGGUGGGCUUUUCCCAUCAGACCGAGGCUUGUCACCAAAUAAAGUUUUUUGAAGGCUACAGUGUUUCACACAGUUUCUCAUUUUAUGUUUUUAUUCUGAAAGCAGACUGCUUUCGGAGCAGUGUUUGAGUGGCUGCCAUACUUUAAUCAACUACAUUUUGAUCCAGUUUCUUUUCAGGAAACAUUGUGGGCUAGCAGGAUGGCUGUUCUUUGCCCCACUCUUAAACCGUGAUGUGUGUCAUCCUAGGGGAUUUGAAAACAGUUCCUCAGUUUUCAUUUGGUUUGUGUGCAUGUACCUCUCCAUAUUUAAUUUAUAUGAUAAUGUAGGAGGCGGGAGAAUCCGAACCUUAACUGUCAUAUGUUCUGUUGUUGACCUGUGGCCACAAUAAAAUUUACUUGUAAAAUUUUAGAAGCAAUUAUUCCUAUUAUGUCGCAUGUGCAGUCAUCAUACAGGGGUGUGAACUCGUAUGUGUAAGGAUUCUCAUGGUAAGUGAGCUGGAAUCUUAUACGCCCUCUUAGCAGCUCAGCUGCCUGAGAGCAGCAGUUUUUCUAAAGGUCGUGACAAGUAUUCUUUACAAUUCUUCCUUUGAAGGCACAAUGUUCAUUAAAUUCUUCCCUUAAACAUGUUUAGAAACCUGAUGAUUUGAUUAAUCGUGUCUGGAUUACCUGUCUUUUUGGAGUAAUUUUAGCUAAGCCAGCUAUUUGAGAUUUGACAAGGCAAGAUAUGACAGUGGAUUCUCCUUAUGAAUGAAAGGAAAAAAAAAUCCUUAUUUUGUAAGAGAAAUUCCCUUUUUGUAACAAGUUGUUUUUAUUGGUAAAAAUUGUCAAUUAAAAUGUACAACUUGA